AUGAGCUUGCGCAGCGGAAUCACGUAUGUCGUGCCGUCUGUUUGCCUGGUGCUCGACCUGCUCGCGCCCGUGUCAUCCCAGGUCGACCCCCCGAGGAACGGCCCGCGCCAAAACAAUACGGAAGAUUCGAGCUGCGCACCGAAGACGACCACGGACAACAUCUGGCGCCUGCUCGCGUCCUCCGUCCCCACACCGCGGCCCAUCCCAACACACAUCGAGCUCAUCACCCCCGAGCGCCGUUGCGUCAACCCCACCGCUGUCACAAACAGCCUCCGCGCCGGGAACCCCUUCGUUUCGCCGGUCGGACCGGACGCCGCGGCCGUCAAGUCUUGGACGGAGCGGCCAUACGCAAGUAUUUCGUGUCCGGGCUCAAAUGUGCGCGAGGCGCCCGCCCUGGGCAUGGGCAUGACAGAUAUCUGGAUAUGUUCCAGCUUCGAAGCGGUCUAG